CCCGGCCCCACCCCCGCGGCGGGCAGGAGCGAGCGGGCUGCGGGCUGGCACCGGGCCCACCCCGCCCCGCCCAGUACCGGGCACCGAGCACCGACACCGGCAACCGGCACCGGCCCGGCCCGGCCGGCCCAUGGAGGCUCCGGGAGCGGGCCGGUACCGCAGGAGACAGCCGGUGAGCCUGAGCAACGCAGCACGGAGACGACAUGCAGACGGGGGCCAGAGGGGAUUGCUGCGGCAGGGACCAGCGCCCCGAGCUGGGCAAAGAGGCACUGGCUCCAGAACGAACAGCAGGGACCCCCAUCCCUGGGACAGCGGAGGAGACCACUGGUGCCCCCACGGAGGAACAGGGUGGCAUCCCCAUCCCCACUGCCAGCCUGCUGCAGGUCACCGAGCGGAGACAGCCGCUGAGCAGCGUGUCCUCGCUGGAGGUGCACUUUGACCUGCUGGACCUCACAGAGCUGACCGACAUGUCAGACCAGGAGCUGGCCGAGGUCUUCGCUGAUUCUGACGAGGAGAACGUGGCCAGCGAGUCGCCUGGCGGGCUGCACCCGCAGGCAAUGCCGCGGGCAGGGUACCUGCGCUCACCAUCCUGGACUCGUGCACGCGAGCAUGGCCGGGACAAGAAGCAUCUCAGUGACUCAGAGCUGCAGCCGGGCACCACGGACGCCUUCCUGGCAGUGGAGCAGCCACAGCAGGAGUAGGAGCUGCCCCGGCUGGUGGGGACAGACACGGGGACACGCAGAGCUGGGUGCUUUGCCUUGUCCCCAGCACUUUCUGACCACGUUCCCCACUCCCUGCCCCAGGAAAAAGCCGUGCAGGACAAAGGACUCGCUAUGGGACAAGUGGCGUGACCGGGCCUGUGGGGUGGCAGCUUCAGACCACGGGUACCAAGCAAUGCCAAAGCUGGUGGCUUGGUGGGGAGGGGGAACUGGCCCCCUCGGCCCUGUAGCACAAUGGGGGCUGCACUGCCUGGCCCCCACCUCCUUCCCACCAUGGUCCCACUGUGGCAGGACCAGGAGCCGUGCAGUGUCUGCACUGUACCGCCCACCGCCAUGUAGCAGUUGUGUGUACUGUUAAAACCAACCAACCCGUGGCCACUG